UUCCCCUUCAUCCGUUUUCACUGUUUAAUCGAUGAGAGUGACGGCGCGCAGGUGCAGCGGCGGCGGCGGCGCGCGUUAGAGCCAGCAGGGGACGGCGCGUGGUGCACUAGGACCGCGGAGAGACCCUUCGCGUCGUGUGCAUUGCAACUCCGGAGCGGAGCUGUGGAAGGAAACCCCCCAUCGGAUCUGGACAUUAUAUCCAUACAUUUCUUUUUUUUUUUCUCCCUUCCCCCGUCUCCACCGCGGCGCUGCUGAGUGGGGAUCACACCGAGCAGUGCGUCUGGGAUGGAGUAGCAGCCGGGAGAGGAUUAGUAAUUGCGCACGAUUUGUGUAAAAAGUCAGCUGUCAGAUUUUUUUUUUCUUUUUUUUUUUCUUUUGGAGGAGAGGUGGAGGGGUGACCGUUUGGCAGCUUCGCCCCCACUCGUUUUGAUAUACAUUUUUUUUUUUUUUUAUUGGUCGUAGUUGUGUGUGUGUGUGUGUGUGUGUGUGUGUGAGAGAGAGAGAGAGAGAGAGAGAGAGUGUGUGUGUGUGUGUGUGUGUGUGGCUUUUUUUUCUUCCUCUCUCUCUCUUUUUUUUUUAACCCAUCCGUUUUUAUUUCACGCGCGCAAAGUCACAUCUGCGUAGGAGAGCGCUUGGCGCACUUCUCCCCCAAAGGACAGAGACAAGAUCUCCGUUAUUCUGUUUGGAUAUAAACCGGACGAGCUGGCUGAAUGGGUGACCUCGCUGAGACACAGACUAUCACCGGCUUGCACCCAUUUUAUGGAAACGUGUUUUCUCUACUGACCUGGAGUUGUGAUGUCCAAAGCCUUCCCCACUGACUGACGAACGGCGGCGUUACCAUUUUGGAAUCGAGUUGAAGGCUGCGAGGACGGGGGGAAGAUGAGACCUCCCAGCCCUCUGCUGAUCCUGCUGUACUUCACGCUGUCCAAGAGCGUAAAGGUGGUCUCCAAGAGAGGCUCAGUGGAUGGCUGUACAGAUUGGUCAGUGGACUACCUGAAGUACCGGGUGCUGCAGGGUGAGCCGGUGCGGCUGAAGUGCGCGCUGUUCUAUGGUUACAUCCGGGCCAAUUACAGCCAGGCGCAGAGUGUGGGCCUCAGCCUCAUGUGGUACCGCAGCUCUGGCCUGGGCCACAGCGACUUCGAGGAGCCCAUCUCUUUCGACGGCAUACGGAUGAGCAAGGAGGAGGAUGCCAUUUGGUUCAGACCAGCUGACCUCCAGGACGCGGGCCUCUACUCCUGCGUCCUACGGAACUCCACCUACUGCAUGAAGGUGUCCAUGUCCCUGACCGUGGCAGAGAAUGACACAAACCUGUGCUACAACUCCAACAUGAGGCGGGCAGAGAAGGCUGAGCUCAGCAAGAGUAAAGACAUCCUCUGUCCUGACAUAGAUGACUACGUUGAACCUGGCAAAGAACCAGACAUCACCUGGUACAAGGAGUGCCGCCCAAAGCAGUGGCGUGCCAGCAUCAUCCAGAAGAGAGACAUUCUGUCUAUCCAGGAGGUAAAGGAAGAUGAUAUUGGGAAUUACACCUGUGAAGUCCAAUUUGGUGGCUUUGUGGUCAGGAGGACGACUGAGCUCACAGUAACUGCUCCUUUGACCGACAAGCCGCCAAAGAUCCUGUUCCCCUCCGAAAACAAGAUUAGCAACAUGGAGCUGCAGCUAGGAAGUGCUUUGAACCUGACUUGCCGGGCGUUCUUCGGCUACAGCGGUGACGUCAGCCCGCUCAUCUACUGGAUGAAGGGAGAGAAGUUCAUAGAGGACCUGGAUGAAGAGAGAGUCCAGGAGAGCGACAUCAAGGUUGUCAAGGAGCAUCUUGGCGAGCAGGAAGUGGCCAUUUCCUUGACUAUUGACUCCUUGGAGGAGGAGGAUCUGGGAAACUAUUCCUGUUAUGUGGAAAAUGGUAACGGCCGUCGCCAAGCUACCAUCCAGCUCCUCAGGCGCGCAGAGCUCAUGUACACAGUGGAGCUGGCAGGAGGGCUGGGAGCGAUCCUGCUGCUACUCAUCUUCCUCAUCUCCCUCUACAAAUGCUACAAGAUCGAGCUGAUGCUUUUCUAUAGGAGGCACUUUGGCAGCGAGGACGUGGAUGGAGAUAACAAAGACUACGAUGCGUACCUGUCCUACACCAAAGUGGACCCUGACCAAUGGAGUCAGGAGACGAGGGAGGAGGAGCGCUUCGCACUGGAGAUCCUCCCUGAUGUCCUGGAGAAACAUUAUGGCUACAAACUAUUCAUCCCAGACCGAGACCUCAUUCCAACUGGAAGUCCCACCAAUGAGCAUUACCAGGAUGACACGCGACUCUUUGGAGCCUACAUAGAGGAUGUUGCACGCUGCGUGGACCAGAGCAAGCGCCUCAUUAUAGUUAUGACGCCCAACUACGUGGUGCGGCGAGGCUGGAGCAUCUUUGAGCUGGAGACGCGGCUGCGCAACAUGCUGGUGACCGGUGAGAUCAAAGUCAUCCUGAUCGAGUGUGCCGAGUUGCGGGGCAUCAUGAACUACCAGGAGGUGGAGGCCCUCAAGCAUACCAUCAAAACCCUUACAGUCAUCAAGUGGCAUGGCACCAAGAGCAACAAGCUCAACUCCAAGUUCUGGAAGCAGCUGCAGUACGAGAUGCCGUUCAGGCGCACAGAGCCCAUGCUCACCCACGAGCCGGCGCUGGACGUCAGCGAGCAGGGCCCGUUCGGAGAGCUGCAGACCGUCUCCGCCAUCUCCAUGGCAGCAGCCACCUCCACCGCCAUGGCCACCGCCCACCCCGAGCUGCGCUCCUCUUUCCACAACACCUACCACACCACGAUGAGGCAGAAACACUACUACCGCAGCUACGAGUAUGACAUUCCCCCUGGAGGGACCCUGCCACCGCUCUCCUCUCUGGGGAACCAGCACACCUACUGCAACAUCCCACUGACACUGCUGAACGGACAGAGGCCUCCCGGGAAGAGCCGAGAGCACAGCCUGGAGGAGGCACACGCUAACAACGCCAUGCUCCCUCUGCUGCCGAGAGAAACCAGCAUCUCCAGCGUCAUCUGGUAAUGAUGAACAGACGCGGCGUCGGCUGCGAGGAGAUCAGCCAGGAUCAGACACGGCUGGGCUCAGUCUGGGAGCUCUUAGGAACGCAGAUUAUGGUCGUGAUCACGGCGGAGAAGUGUUUUGGAUUCCAUUUGGUUCCAACUGUAGUUGACUGGCAGAAAGCGAUGGAGACACAGAAGUUUUUGGACACAGUUUUCCCUUGUUUUUUUCAAGCGGACAGCGCCUCUGUUAGAGAGGCUGUUUUCUAUAUGGAACUACAGGAGAUAUAAUGAAAGCACUGUUUCAUCCGCUGGCAAGAUACGGACUUGCAAGAACUCCACAUUAAAGAACCAACACACUUUGGCAGUUGUUCACACACCUGCAUACACUCUCACACAAAUGUGCAUACAUAAAAAAACAAAAGGAAAACAGGGUCUUGUACAUAUAUUUCAAUUUAUUUGUAGCAUCAGUGUUUUCCUGUUUUGUUCUUUCGUUUGUUCUCUUCAAUCAUGUUUGUUGCCUUCUCUACUGUAGGACUUUGCUUUAACUUGUUAUACAGAGUUGUAUAUUUUGUAUUGUUUUCCCUCUUUAGUUUUUUUUUUUUUUUCCAUUCUUCUUUCAAUGCGCUUGUUUGGAAAGCCAGUAUGUCAUGUACCUGCGCCGUUGUGUUUUCUUUUUGUUUGUUUGUUUUUCAAAAUCUUUGUGUAGUUUAAGAGAAACAUUUUUUAACACUUUUGGAAUUGCCUGGACAUUUCAGGAGCUUCGAGAAGCUGACACUUCUUUUUGUUUACCUGUAAAAGGUGUAUCUAGUUUAAAAGGAAACUCUCUUUUAAAAAAAAUCAUAGAAUAUGCAAAAAGAAGGAGGAGCUGGCAAAAACACACAGUCCCGCGGGACCGAGAACGAGGAGCAGUUGGGGGGCCGUACUUGUCCUCUCGAAUCAGACAGACCGAUAGACUGGCAGAUCUCUCUCUAAAGCUUCAUAUUUUCUAUUGAAACAGACAGCCUUGCUGUUUUAGAGUGAUAGUGAAAUGCCUCACCUUAAAAAGAAAUCUGUAGAUUAUUUUGAAAAGAAUUCUAUUUUUAUAACAGAAGAGUUUGCUUGAGAAGUCAUACUUAUUUGCAUUUCAUCCACCAUAGAAAGGGGAUUUGUGUAUAAGUGUUAUGCUGGUUUUGUACACUUGCAAUGUGGUUCCUGGUUUGUCAAGAGAUUAUGGUGGCUUUUGAAUCCCACAUGAAAAAAAAAAAUCUGUCCUCUACUGUUCUAGAUUCAAAAGUGAAGCAUUCUCAAUGUUUUGGUUUUUAAAACAUAAUAUUAUUCCCAUCCUGAUAAUUACUUUGGUUCAUAUGGAUAGUUCAUGUUUAAGGAAAGAAAAGAAUACAUUUGUGUUUUGAAAGACUUUUUAAAUAUAUUUGAAGGUGUGAUUUUUGAGUAUGCAUAGCAAAUAGAUAUGUAUUCUAUAUAUAAUAUAGAUAUUUAUAUAAAUAUAUAAACACGAUUUUCACUUGGAAAGAAAUGUCUAUCUUUAUAGAAACACAAUCAUUAUCAGUUGCCCUUACUUUCUCACUGCACAUUAAAAACA